CAAGACAUACCGUUCCCCCCUUUCGUUGGUAUAGAUCCCAGCGGCCCCCGUCCUGCCGUCCCCCGCCUUUGCCUCCCUCUAUCUAAAGUCGCCGACGACGACCCAGUGAAAAGUCCACAGCCUUUUCCAAGAGGAAGGGAUGGGCUGCUGCAGCAGCCGGAGCUCCGAUUCGCCGGCCAGCCGCGUGACGCGGUGGCGCUCCACAGGGAUCGUGGCGCUCCGAGACGCCAGAUUGAAGGUUCGCGCCAUCUCUAUUCCAAAGGAAGUGCCAAAUGAAGUUCUACAAGUGGGCAAUUCCUUGAGAACUCUGGAUUUGACCAAUAACAAGCUAGUUGAGAUUCCCCAGGAAAUUGGUACACUUGCGAACAUGCAAAGGCUUGUUUUGGCUGGUAAUUUGAUUGAAAUCAUCCCAGCUAACAUUGGAUACCUGCAGAAUCUUAAAAUCCUCACACUUGACCGAAAUAGGAUAUCUAUCUUGCCUGAAGAAUUGGGUUCACUGUCAAACCUUCAGCAACUUUCUGUUCCUCAAAAUUUUUUACUGUGCCUGCCUAAGAGCAUAGGAGAUUUGCGCAAUAUGUCAGUACUCAAUGUAUCUGAUAACAAACUAAAGGAACUUCCAGAAUCAAUUGGAGGUUGCAGUUCCCUGGAAGAAUUUCAAGCCAAUGGAAAUGCUAUUGAAGAUGUGCCAGCGUCAAUUUGCAACCUAGUUUGCCUGAAAUCCUUAUCACUGAACGGCAACAAAAUUCGACAGCUUCCACAAAACUUACUGAAAGACUGCACGGCUCUUCAGAGUUUAUCCCUGCACGACAACCCAAUCACAAUGGACCAGUUCCAACAAAUGGAUGGAUUUGGAGAGUUUGAGGCGCGCAGAAGGAAGAAAUUCGACAAGCAGAUUGAUUCAGGGGUCAUGAUGGGCUCGACGGCCCUGGAUGAAGGGGUUGAUUUCCACUGAUUUUAGAACUCGAGUGUCUCCCAUUCUUUCUAGUUGGUCAGGAGUCAGGACCGAUUGUAGAUUUGUAGAUAUCAGUCUCAACCUACAAAACAGGGUUCACCAAACCGGUUGUAAGGUGAAAACCGGCGCCCAGUGAAAACUGGUAAAAACUGGCCGAAAUCAAAAUCACCCCACUUUUCAAUUUGAAACGGUUUGAAACCGAUAAAUCGGCUCAUUAAUCGGCUCCUAGGCUGAUUAACCGGCGUCAUAGAAGCAGAAACCGAUCCAUAUGUAUUUUUGCAAAUAAAGCACAUUGAGAUCUCAUAAUUUGAAUAAAAGAUGACCACAAAUAUUAUCACAA